GUUGCCAGUGCUUGUACUAUUCUCGGACCCUCGCAUUCUUGAAUGGAGUUACUUUCCCUAAGUGUCAUGCUUAAAGAUUCCCUGCAGUACUCUCCCGGACAUAAUAUUUUUUGCGAUGAUGGGAAACCAUUCGGCGACCCAGAAAGGUUCGGUACAGACGCUGCAGAAUUUUAUUCAAAGUCGUCGUGUAUCCUCUGCCUGUGGACUUGGUUGAGCGAUGGUGCACUUGUUUGCAUGUUGAUGCUCUUUUUCAUGCUAUGCCAUGGAUGCGCACGCGUUCGGCUCCCUUGCACGACGACAUUCCUGUAUACUGCAGCAAGUGGUGCCAUGAAUUUCAUGGUCGUGAGCUUCAAUGGCGCUCGACGUCUACUGCCGCGUCUGACCCUCCUUCCCCAGAAAUUCAGAAUUGAUGCCGCUUGGACCAAAAUGGCCCAUAAUAGAACGACCGUGAGUGGAUGCUCAAAACAUCCAUAACAGAUUUGCGUUUGAAAGUCAGGUAUCCGGA